UACAUUAUAGCAUUUUAUCAUGACCAUGAUGACUAAAGAAUGUGUUAAAUCAUCUGGAAAUUCUAAAACAGAUUUGGAUGCUGAAGCAAAAGCCUUGAAGAAUGUUCUGAAUACUCAUGAGACUACUGAACUAAAACUGGAAUGUCUCAUUCGGAAAUAUGUUGAACUUGCACAUCAGAACAAAAUGAUGCAAGGAAAACAUGACGAUGUGAAGAAGAAACAUGAUCAGAUUGUGGAUGAGCGGGACCACCUCCAGGCUUCCUACAACCGGGCUAACCUGGCUAAGAGCAAGCUGGAGAGCCUGUGUAGAGAGUUACAACGUCAUGUCAAGUGUCUCAAGGAGGAAUACGAUCAGCGGAAUAAGGAGGAGGACAAGAAGAGACAAGAAAUUGCCGCCAAGUUUCAGACGACGAUAAACGAUAUAAACGUGAAGAUGCAGGACAACCAGAAGUCUAACCAGACAUUGAGGGAGGAUAACAUGGAGCUAGCAAGCAAACUCAAGAGUCUCCUGGAGGAAUAUCGGACAAGAGAGGAGCACAUAGAGAAGAUUUUGAAGCAAAAAAGUCUGGAAAUACAACUGUGGGAAACAAAGUUAGCUCAACAAGCUAUGCAAGGUGCUGAGGAUAAGCAGAAAGAUCUCACAGAGAAAAGAAAUUUGCUAGAGGAGUAUGUAAAAGAGAAGAAGAAGAACGAGCUGCUGGUAGAACAAGAGCAGGAGCUGCGUAACCAACUCUCCCUGUACACUGAAAAGUUUGAGGAGUUCCAGAAAACUCUCACACGGUCUAACGAUGUCUUUGCCACCUUUAAACAAGAAAUGAACAAGAUGAGCAAGACAAUUAAAAAGUUGGAGAAGGAAAACCUAUCCUGGAAAGGUAAACACGAGCAAGUGAGCAAGAGUAUGUUCACCAUGGCUGAAGAGCUGCGAAAUAGCAAGAACAAGAACGAAACAUUAGAAAGACUGUGCCGUGCUCUGCAAGUAGAGAACCAGGUGUGCAGGAAGCAUAUUAGAAAGUGUAACGAUAUAACCAAACACCACGUACCAGAGGGAGAGGAAGAACCGGAGAUAGAUGCGGAACCGGAAAAGGACGGGGAAAAGGAGAAAGAAGAAGACCGGAAAGAAGAAGUAGACCAAAAAGAAGACCAGGAAGAGCAAAAAGAACAAGCCCCUGAAUUGCCAGUAAUAGAUGAUAAGGAAGAUGCCAAAGAGAACCAUGACGAAGACAAGGUCGAAUCAGAGGAAUGCCAAUCUGUAGCCAAGGAAGAUGUGGAAAUUGAACUAGAAACCUGUGCCAAAGUUGAGGAGGUUGUCGAGCAAGACAAAGAGAACGAGCAGUAAAGAGUUGGGGACGAUAAAAAUAAAUGGCUUUUCUCGGUGGAUAUUUAGCUGUUGAUUAUGUGGAUUUUUGAUUUUCGGUUCUUUGACUGUUUUUAACGCUUUAAUGAUCAAUCUUAUAUUCUCUAUUUUUGAUUUAAAA